UUUGCGCGGCACGUUUUAGCGCGGAAUGUUUCCUGAACCUCCAAAAUACGAUGAAGCUGAUUUUGAAAGAUGAAUUAAAAACUAUAUUGGACCCCACAGCACGUUCCUCUUUGACUGUGUGAGGAAUUACAUGCUGGAGCAUCUGGCAGGAUGAAAAAGAUCGAUUGCACACCGACAGACUCCCUGGGGACUGUGUGUGAUGGGUCCCCAGAGAACCCAGGAGCCGAGGCAGAGGAAGGAGCCGCUCCAGGCAUGGAGCUCAUCCAAGUGCGCAGACGAUCCAGUCGAAACCUGCAGCUGCCCCCACUGGCCUUCCGGCAAGCUGAGCAACAUGACUGGAACAGCAAAGAGAUGGAGCCGAUCGCCCGUCCCACCACCCUAGCACUGCGCAUCCCCCCGCUCAUCGCCAUCACAUCUGCUGACACCGACAGCUUUGAUGUGGACAAUGGCACGUCGUCAGGACGGAGUCCCCUGGAUCCCAUGACGAGUCCGGGUUCGGGCCUGAUCAUUCAGGCCAACUUUGUACACAGCCAGCGGAGGGAAUCCUUCCUCUACCGCUCCGACAGUGACUAUGACCUGUCGCCGAAGUCCAUGUCCCGAAACUCCUCCAUCGCCAGUGACAUGAAUAACCACCUGCCGAGACCGGGCCUGGUCUCUCGGAGAUCUGAGCCGGUUAUUAGUGGAAAUCAUGGGGAUGACCUCAUCGUCACGCCGUUUGCACAGGUGCUGGCUAGUUUGAGGACGGUACGGAAUAACUUUGCAGCGUUAACCAACCUCCAGCAAGAUCGAACGUCCAACAAGCGAUCCCCCAUGUGUAAUCCGCCUCCUCUCACAAAGGCCUCCUUCACAGAGGAGGCCUACCAGAAGCUGGCCACCGAGACCCUGGAGGAGCUGGACUGGUGCCUGGACCAGCUGGAGACCCUGCAGACCCGACACUCCGUCAGCGAGAUGGCCUCCAACAAGUUCAAGCGGAUGCUGAACAGGGAGUUAACCCACCUGUCUGAGAUGAGCAGAUCUGGCAACCAGGUCUCAGAGUACAUCUCCAACACAUUUUUAGACAAACAGCACGAUGUGGAGAUGCCCUCUCCGCAGACGCAGAAGGAGAAGGAGAAGAAGAAAAAGCCCAUGUGUCAGAUCAGCGGGGUGAAAAAACUCAUGCACAGCACCAGCCUCACCAAUUCCAACAUCCCUCGCUUCGGGGUCAAGACGGAUACGGAAGACUCCUUAGCCAAGGAACUGGAGGACAUAAACAAAUGGGGCCUUAAUGUUUUUAAAGUCACAGAGUUUUCAGGCAACAGGCCAUUAACGGUGAUGAUGUACACUAUAUUUCAGGAGAGGGAUUUGCUCAAAACAUUUAAAAUUCCCUUGGACACUUUCAUAACGUACCUGAUGACCUUAGAAGACCAUUACCAUGCUGAUGUUGCAUAUCACAAUAACAUUCAUGCUGCUGACGUCACGCAGUCGACACACGUGCUGCUCUCCACGCCUGCUUUGGAGGCGGUUUUCACAGACCUUGAAAUUCUCGCUGCCAUUUUCGCCAGUGCAAUUCACGACGUCGACCACCCGGGCGUCUCCAACCAGUUCCUCAUUAACACCAACUCCGAGUUGGCCCUCAUGUACAAUGACUCAUCGGUGCUGGAGAACCAUCAUCUGGCGGUGGGCUUCAAACUGCUGCAGGAGGAGAACUGUGACAUCUUCCAGAACCUGACCAAAAAACAGAGACAAUCGCUGCGCAAGAUGGUCAUAGACAUCGUCUUAGCGACGGAUAUGUCCAAACAUAUGAACCUGCUGGCCGAUCUGAAGACGAUGGUGGAGACGAAGAAGGUCACCAGUUCUGGAGUGUUGCUGCUGGAUAACUAUUCAGACAGGAUACAAGUGCUUCAGAACAUGGUGCACUGUGCGGAUCUCAGUAACCCCACCAAACCCCUGCAGCUGUACAGACAGUGGACGGACCGGAUCAUGGAGGAGUUCUUCAGUCAGGGCGACCGGGAGAGAGAGCGAGGGAUGGAGAUCAGCCCCAUGUGUGACAAGCACAACGCCUCGGUGGAGAAGUCUCAGGUGGGCUUCAUUGACUAUAUCGUGCACCCGCUGUGGGAGACGUGGGCCGACCUCGUGCACCCGGACGCACAGGACAUCCUGGACACGCUAGAGGACAACCGAGAGUGGUACCAGAGCACCAUUCCCCAGAGCCCGUCGCCCGCUCCCGACCAGCCCGAGGACGGCAGCCGCUCCGGCGGGGCCGAGAAGUUCCAGUUCGAGCUGACGCUGGAGGAGGACGGCGAAUCCGACACGGAGAAGGACAGCGGCAGCCAGGCCGAGGAGGAAGAAGAGGAGGACGAGGACGAGGAGGAGGACAACAGCUGUAGUGAUUCAAAAACUCUCAUCACGCAGGACUCGGAAUCCACGGAAAUUCCGGAGGAGGGAAUUUCGGAGGAGGUUUCCACGGAACCCAGCAUGGUGGAGGAGGAGGAGGACGAGGAGGAAGACGAAGAGGAGCAGCCGGCAGACACGUAGCAGCGCGUCCCGAACUAGCUGCCGCGAAUAUUUAAUAAAUGACAAUGAAAUUGAGUUCCAAAGCGCACGUUGCACUCCGAGACCUCGGCCACUCCUCUCUCGCUCUCUCCUUCUCUUUCCGUCUCUCUACGAGCUGCCUGGAGACGAGAGGACACUAAGACUUCGGUAGGUUGUCGUUUUAUUUGCACUCAGGAAUAACAUUUAGUCCUCUGUCUUUUCAAGCUUGGUUUUGUUUACCUUCGCCCUCCUCCGGGGAUUCGACACAAAGCAAUCGGAGGAGACGCCGCCCACCGAGGAGAUCGACGCAGGAACACGUUUCCUUGGAUUUCAAAGAGACCUUAUUUUUUACGUUUUAAGUCUUCCUAAACUUUGACUGAGAAAAAUUUCACAAAAGACAAAAAAAACAAAAAAAAAAACACACAGCUCAGCGCUGUCAUGGCCUCUUCGAUGAUUUUUGUACGGUAUACAUACAGAUUUUUACAUACUUACUUUUAAUAUCAAAACAGCAGCUGUUGCGUUUUCAAGGAAACUUUAGGCGAAGGGUAACUUGCAAGUACGCAACGUGGGUCGUGCGUUCGCCACCGUAUACACAUCACUGCUGCCGCACGCCCUUCUCUCAGAAGCUGUAUUUACGUUGUUUUUUACUUCGUCCAACACUUUACCUCCAGUCAACCUCUUAAUACACUUCACCUACAGAUGCUUUAUGAACAUUCAACUCUUUCUGAGUGAUUCCUGUCUCGUUUCAGAGCCGUUCUUUCAGCAACACUGCACUUGAAGCCUGUGAUAUAAAGAUAUUAAUGCAUUUAUAAUAUAUAUAGAUAGCACCGGUCCGGUCAAAAGUUUGGACACAUCACUAUUUUUAAUGUUUUUGAAAGAAGACUUUUCUGCUCAUCAAGGCUGCAUUUAUUUGACCAAAAAUA